CCUUGCAUCACCUUAAUUAUCAACACCCCCACAAAAUCAAACCUAAACCUUAUACUCAAAACAAAGGUAGAAAUCAAUAGAGGGAGUUUAAUUUGUUGUGCGAAUUAUUGAAUAUUAAUGGGGCUUGCAAGUGCAAGCAAUUACUCCACCAUGGCUAUGGCACCAAUUGGUGCAAGUUUGAAAAAUGCUACCUCUCCCAUUCCCUAUCUCUUUGGUGGCUUAGCUCUCAUGCUCGCACUCAUAGGAUUGGCAUUGCUUAUUCUAGCUUGCUCUUAUGGUAAAAGUUCUUCAUCAACUUCACAAGCGACAAAUGCAAUGGGAAUGGAGGUUGAUUCAGAGCCCAAGAUUGUUGUUAUAAUGGCUGGAGAUAGCAACCCCACAUACAUGGCCAAGCCCAUGCCAUCCACAAACCAUAGUACUGGAGAAGCAGAUUAGUGGUAUUUGUGUGAUUUGAGUCAUAUAUCCAUCUCAUGGAGAGAGAAUAAAGAAAAAAAAAAAAAAAAAGGGAAAAUUCUUCCUCCUCUUGAUGUUUCUCGUUGAUCUGUUUUUCUUGUUCAUUGGAAUUUAUGUAUAUACCUUUUUGUGCAAUUCUCUAAACUGAAGUUGAUUUUGCCAAAAUAUGUAAAUCAAAGAUUAGAAAUGAUAUACUGUUUAGGUGUUGUUUGUUGUA